CGCUACCACUCACACCAUCACCUCGACACCAUGGCGGUCGUGGAGGGCAGCAUCGCCUCCUCGUCGAAGCAGCCAGCCAGCGACCUCCUGAAAUAUCCGUUGCCUGAUCUUAGUAGGCUGACCACGCCAGCUUCGGUCAGACGGUCGUUGGCCGAGCUCUCGGCCCAUUCGGUGCAGCUCGAAGAGCACCUCUCCCACCUCCUCCGCCAGUCGACCGUGCACAAGCAGGCUUAUCGUGAACGAGUGUCGCGCCUCUCGACGCAGGUGGACCUCAUUCGCGAAGAGGCCAAAGUCUUGCAGGUGAGGCUUGGAUCUACGAGCGCGACGGCAAAGAGGAUUAGCGAGAGCGUGCGUAAGCUUGACGAAGAAAUCGAGAGAGUCGAUCUUGCCAGGGUGUGGGCAGAGAAGGUCCAAGAUUUGAAGGCCUCGCUCCUCUCGCUUGCAUCUGCCAUCGAGCAGCACGACUAUGAUACGGCGACGAGCCAUUGCGUGCGCUGCCUCGAGGUGCCAGAUGAGAUCGUCCAAUCGAAAUUUGCUGCAGCUGUGGUGCCUACGUCGGAGUACCCAGAGCCGCCACCCAGCACGCUUCUCAACCUCCGCAAGGCCCUUCUCGACGUCUUCACGAGGCGCUUCACUACUGCCACUGACAACAGGGACACAGUCGAGGCAACGAAAUUCUUUACCCUCUUUCCCCUGGUUGGCUGGAAGGCCGAGGGUCUCAAGGUCUAUAGCGACUUUGCGAAAGGAAUGGUCAGAGACCGAGGGCGAAACAUCGUCGAGAACUUGGGCAGUGGAAAGUCUGGGUCGCCGGUGCAUCACGCAACGCUCUUGACGCAGCUCUUCGAGCACCUCGCCCUCCUAAUCGACCAGCAUCAGCCACUCGUCGAUCGUCAUUACGGCCUCGGAAACUUCCUUGAAGGAGUCAUGCCGGGGCUUCAAGAGGAAUGCGACAGGCUAGGGGGCCGAGUCUGCGAUGCAUGGUGGGAGGAGCGCAACAUUCAUCGGAGGAUUCAAGAGUCUCGCACUUACUCCUUCACUUACUCGGCAUCGAUUGGUAAGACGCCCAGAAGUCUGACAAAGCCAGCCCAAGCCAGCGGACCUACCACCUUCUCGCUUCCGGGACGGCCUUCUACACCCGCAAGUGGCCAGACGCCGGGAGCUUCCAAUAUGACGGCCGAGCCGGAGGUGGAUACAAGAGAGGUGGACCGCGUCAACGCAGAGGUGGCCGUCAUGGCGUCGAGAUGGGGCACCUACACACUCUUUCUUACUGGGAGGCUCCAGCUCGAUGGAGAGGAGACACGGGCGAAUGGGGGUGCCGAAGAGGCCAAUGCUCAGCAGACCAAGGAAGUCAAGACAACACUUCCCGUCAUCGAGUCUUCAGGUCUAGGUCAGAGAAUCGACGAGGCCCUGGAGCAGGCCUACCUUCCUCUCGAGACCUGGUUCUUGCGUUGCGGUAUUGAGAAGGCACACCGAUUGGACAAUCCCGAUCUGAGCGCAAGGCCGUAUACCUCACCUUUGCUUGACGAUGUCUUCUACCUGAUCAAACUAGUCCUCGAGAGAUGCUCGUCGACAUCCUCGCUCAAGGUACUUUCAUACAUGGUCAGGACCGUGCGGUGGAUCAUCGACGAGGACUUCGUCCAAGCGCUGGCCAGGAGGAUGGAGACCACGUGGAGGAGCUCAUCGUCGAGCAUGACCGUCGAAGGCCCAAGGAAGGAUGCAGCAACCAAGGAGGUGCGGACGACCUUCAUCGUCUAUCUUAAUGUUCUCUCGACUAGCGCAAGAUACCUCGAGCGUAUAGUCUCAGAGGCCUCUUCCGAGCAGAUUCUCUCACAGCACUAUGCAGCCGACGACGUUGCCGUUGCAUCAAGUACGAUCCACGGACUCGACGUCCUCGUUCCUCGAACGCGGAAUGCAGUCAGGAACUCGAUGGAGCUUCUCUUUUCGCAGCUGACAAAACCUCGCCUGCGACAAGUGCUAGUCGAGGCGUACAAAGAUGUGACAUAUCUGCUCGACGAUGAUGCAUUUGCGGAAGCCGAGGCGCACGACCUCUUUGUGCGUCGCUUCCUUCGGGGCUGGGACAUUGUCCUUGCGGGAUUCAAGGAUAUGUUCAAUGAGGAGAAUUGGGAGACGUAUCUCCGACUCUGCAUCGACAGUGUCGUGAGACCGUGGGAGAAGCAAGCUAUGAGCAUGCAAUACAGCGAGCUCGGAGCCCUCCGAUUCGACAAGGAUUUGAGAGCUCUUUCGAACCAUCUCUCGAAUCAGUCCAACACUGGAGGUCUGCGAGAGAAAUUUGCCCGCCUCACCCACAUCUCCUACCUUGUCAACCUCGUCGAUGAUGACGACGCCGAGGGAGAGGGCUUUGGGGCAACGCAGACGAGGGAAGCUCAGAGAGAUGCUGCCUCGUCGGGAGGCGAUGUGGCCUGGCGCCUGAGCGCACAGGAAGUCAAGAUUGUCAAGGGCCGACGAGCAGGGUGGUAGUAAGGACCCCUUCCACCCCCCAGUGUAAUACCACGUGGCCGGAAAUCAAAAAGGCUGCAGAAAGUGGAGAGAGGGAGACGCUAUAUUGUGUUGUUUGUUCGAGCGCGCGUCUGAAUGAGUGCAACGACGACGAGUGCGACGCGGCAAUCAGCUAGGAAACCGUCUUGGCCGGGGGGUUUACAGGAGAGAGGAGCAAUGUCUCGACCGAGACCCACGCCCCGAGUUCGAGAAAAGAGUUCAUCGGCGGCGUCGACGGCA